AUGGUGUGCAACAAUGACACAGAUUACCAGUGUAUUUGUCGACAAGGUGCUCCAGAUGAUGUAACUGAACCAGAUAUCAUCCAAUGUGAACAAUUUAUUCAGUCACUCGAACUACCAGUAGUUGACAUGCGAAUGCGACACGUUAAUCUUGAAGCACAUCUUCACACCAACGAAAGAUACGAAACGUAUUUUAAACGUCGAAUAGCGAAUAUAGUCUCGUCAUACUGUGAACAUCAAGCAAACGAAUGUCUUGGCACCACAUUACGUCUCACACAGUCAGAGGACGACGGCGACGACAAAUCCGUCUUAUAUGCAACUGAAGAUGAAUCUGAACCGCUUCUCACUCAGAACAACAUCGUUCUACUACGAGUCGAACGAGAACCAGCAAACGUGACUCGUGUCCUUUUCGCCAUAACUAAGUCGGAAAACGUCGGGUCACUCAACGAACAAAUGAUUAUAGAUCCUGUUAAGGUGAAGUACAUUCUUGGAAGUCAGGCUGGUCCAUUAGCACGAAUUCUCGGGGGUAUUAAACUCGAUAGCGUUCGAGUGUCAAGAAUACAACGUCAUCUGGAAUUGUCAGAUGCCGACAACACUAAGCUGAUUACAAUUAUAUCUGUAGUUGGCGCAUUCUUUGUCAUCUGCUACAUCAUAGGAGCAAUACGAUUGUAUAGAGAUGCCCGCCAGCGAAAACGAGAACGAAAAGCUAAUGAAAACAUAAACGGACUCACUACUGCUACCUCUAGUUCCGUACCCAAUUACGGUUCCUGUCAACGAAAACCAUCAAGAAACGGUGCGGUUCUGAAGAUGAUGAAUCCUCUAAAAGAAGCAACGCCUACAAAACACGAGGAAAUCGACGACUGCAUCGAUAAUUGUCAACCCGAAGAGCCACGUGUGCUCACAGAGCGUCAAGCUCGUUUAAUGUUCAUGUGCGACCCUUCACAGCUACCUCGAGAACCUACGUUCGAUUUUCAACUGGGCUUGGAUAAUAGUGAGCCACCUCAGUCCACUAAAUCCAACUCGUCUCGAGAAGACGCCAUAAAUGAGGAAGAACCGCCUUCACAAAAAAGUGAUGCGGCAACAUUAAAUGAAAUAACUCCACCAGUAACUCUGCUGAAUCGCUCAACUUCCAGUGAUCCUGAUGUCCCUGCUCUAGUACUUGUCCCGUCUAUGUCACUGGACUCACCCAUAACAUCUGAUAUUUCUCCGAAUGUUUUCGCAGCUCAGUCGGUGUACAUUAGAAACGAGCCGGAAAGCCCACCAGAUCGACCAAAGUCACGACGUGGAAGUCGUAUUGGUGACGAGAUUCUCGAUUUACGAGAGAUCACGGCUCCAAUGGAAAACGAAGACAAUCAUAGUAUGGAAUUAUCUAUGAGAGAAUUCGACGAAAACGCAGAAAAAAAUCGAACAGAAAGCGAAAUGAGUCGAUGGUCAAGCGGUGAAGGCGAGCUGGACGUUUACUACAAGUUGAGCGACGAAGAUGACAUGAUACGCGGUGACGAUUGGACAACAAAACCAGUUGUAGCUCCUAAUAAUUAUGCACUUGGAAAUGAUGAUUAUGAAAGUGAUUCAGAGGGAGAUGAUGAACACUUUCGAUAUGGAAGUGACAUGGACAGUUACGUUUACGAAAGAUUACGUGAAGAACUAACACCAGUUCCUCCACCAGAUAGCUAG